AUGGCGCGUUCCCCCGACCUCUUGGCUGUAUACGUGGCGUCUCAAGUCUGUUUUCUAUGCGUGGCGUCGGUGAACUCGGACGGCGUUUCGUCGCUGCUGCAGCCCUAUGACUUUUUGUACUACUCGGGGGUUCGCUCUUAUUUCAACGGGGAGUGGACGAAAGCUGCGGAACUGCUGGAAAGGUCCAUUACCACCAAGGAAGCUAUCUUCGAGGUCCGAAGGAAGUGUUACGACGAGUGUGGAGCGACUGGAGAAGAUGCACUUCAAAAACUAAGCACUGAAGAUGGAAACCUGUGGGACCUGUGGGCUCUGGACUGGGUGCAAAAGAAGGCAGAGUGCUUGCGGUUCUGCGUGGGACGCUCAGUCUGCCGUGUGGGCCAGCUCCCAGUUUCCACAGACAUCGAGUUCGAGUUUGGCUCCCGCAAUCCGUACAAUUUCCUUCAGGUUACAUAUUAUAAGUUGGAGAAGCCUCAGAAGGCGGCAGCAGCAGCUCAGACCUACUUCGUGGCCAACCCCACCCACCUGGAGAUGAGGAACAACAUCGAGAAGUACCGAAGGAUGGCAGGAGUGAACGACGAAGACUUUUACGACCGAGAGAGGGACAGCGAGAAGCACUGGCUCUUGUACGACUCGGCGCUCCAGCUGGAGGCAUCGUCCGAAUGGGCGCCGGCGGUCGACAAAUGGCGAGCGUGCGUUAACGAAACUCUGCGUCAGACAGAGGAGUGCAGAGUGCAGUGCGAGGUGGCGGGACAGCGCCUCCCUGAGGAUCGGGGCGUCGACAGCAAUGAUGGAGUCUUUGAAAAGGCUGCGGCGCUUUCUCUCUCGCUGCUGUCAUGCCAGCAGUCAUGCGUGACCCAAGUGGCCACGCGUCCCGGCAGAAUCUCCUCUCAGGAUGACUUCCUGCCUACUCAGCUGGAGCAUAUGCACAUCGCACAGUUUAAAGCUGGAGAUGUGAAAGGCGCAACGCAGACGCUUCGCUCUCUGCUCCUCUUUUAUCCGUCUGACAAGGAUUCCAUGGACAACCUGCAGCUCUACCAGGAGACACUAGGAGGAGACAAAGAAUCAGAUGAAACGCAGGCUACCCAGGAGAUUGUUCGUUACGUCAAACGCUCGUUGCGAGAGAAGAAGCUUCUGUAUUUUGGCAUGGAGAAUCUCAAUUACACUUUCACAGACCCAGAUCUUUGGACACCAGAAGAUAUUGUUCCAGAAUCUCUAAGGGAAAUAUGGAAAGCCGAGAAGGAGAAAAUGACUGAGAAAAGUAAAGAGGAAGAGCAGCAAGAGGAGGUGGAUGACAGCGGCUUCUACGCAGGUGGUCCAGUCCGCCAAGUGGGUGUGACAAUCACCAUGGAUGACCUGCUUCUAAAUGGCACCAACCGAGUGGUGUUGGACGGCGUAACCACUGAAAAGGAGUGCGAUAGAAUGUUGAAGCUCGCGUCAGCAGUCGCAUCGGCAGGCGACGGUUACCGGGGACGUCGAUCGCCACACACUCCUCACGAGACGCUGAAUGGGCUCACUUUGUUUAGAGCUGUGAAGCUUGCUGAUGAUGGGCUGGUUAACGUAAGUGACGCCAAGUUGCUGUACGAGUUGGGCGAAAGAGCACGCAACCUGCUUCAUUCCUACUUCAGGAGUCCGUCGGGACUCUUUGUCACCUUCACACAUCUUGUCUGUCGGAGUGCAGUCGCAGGUGACCAAGAAGGCAGAAUGGACUUGUCUCACCCUGUUCAUGUGGACAACUGUCUUCUUGAGCCAGACACCAAGCAGUGUUGGAAGGAACCACCUGCUUUCAUAAACAGAGACCUCAGCGCCGUUCUCUACCUGAAUGACGACUUUGAUGGUGGUGAAUUUUUCUUCACAAACAGGGACGCCAAAACUGUGACAGCUCGAGUCAAGCCGACAUGCGGCCGUCUGGUGGGCUUCUCCUCGGGACCUAUUAAUCCACAUGGUGUCACAGCAGUCACAAGAGGUCGCCGUUGUGCGCUAGCGCUCUGGUUCACUAAAGAGAAGCUCUACAGAGACAUGGAGCGAGAAGAAGUGGAGAACAGGUGGGCCCCUGACGGACAGGGCGUGGCGGACAAGUCAGAUCAAAAGGAGGGCGGCGGGGGAGCCCCCGCUACUCGGAACGCUCGCAACCAAGCGCCAGCCAAGGGGAAAGCAAGAGGGCGGGUGACGGUGGGAAAAGAUGAACUGUGA